UGAGCUAAAAUGGUGUGCUUAAAUUAAAAUGGUGCAUAUCCCACCUAGCCCCUCUUAUCUUUUACUCUAGGUCAUACUAAAGCCAGAGUAGAGAGUGAACUGAAGAGAAGAGGAAAAACAGAGUAGUACUGAAAAUGGACACAGAAACACAAUUAGUUGAAGAAAAUCCAAGAAAAGGUGGUCUUAGGACCAUGCCUUUCAUCAUUGUGAAUGAAUCAUUUGAAAGAGUAGCAAGCUAUGGUUUACAAGCAAAUUUGAUAAUCUACUUGAUGAAAUAUUAUAACAUGACUGCUGCUGCUGGUACUAGUAUUCUUGGAAUAUGGACUGCACUCUCAAAUGGGUUAGCCAUUGUUGGGGCCAUUAUUUCUGAUUCUUACUGUGGUCGCUUUAAGGCUGUUGUUAUUGGAUCCAUUUCCACCCUUAUUGGAAUGAUUAUUCUAUGGCUCACAGCAAUGAUUCCACAACUCAGGUCUUUACCCUGCCCUCAGUUCCAACAUGUUUGUAAUGGAACAACAGCAUUCCAGCUUGCUGUUCUAUUUUCAUCUUUCGGGUUUAUGUCUGUUGGAGCUGGUUUUAUUAGACCUUGUUCUAUAAUAUUUGGUGUCGAUCAAUUAGAAAAAAAAGGGAAACCCGAGAACAAGAGGCUUGUUGAUAGCUAUUUCAACUGGUACUAUGCUAGCAUAGGGGUUUCAACUAUUCUUGCAGUUACCACUGUCGUUUAUAUCCAAGAGCGUUAUGGUUGGAAAGUUGGCCUUGGCAUCCCUGUUAUCCUCAUGUUUUUGUCUGUCUCAAUGUUCCUUAUUGGUUCUCCUUGGUAUAUCAAAGUGAAAGCUAAAGAAAGCUUGCUCAUAGGGUUGUUUCAAGCAGUUGUAGCAGCUUUUAGGAAAAGAAAUACUCGUCUUCCAUUGACUGAUUGUGAUGACUACUAUCGUUGGCCACUUGAAUCAGAGGUCUUGACACCAUCAAAUGAUUUCAGGUGCUUAAAUAGAGCUUGCAUGAUUGAAGAUCCUGAAAGAGAUUUGAAUCCUGAUGGAUCAGCUUCAAAUCCAUGGAAUCUCUCUAGUUUGGAACAAGUUGAAUCAUUGAAGGCUAUUGUUAGAGUACUUCCUAUGUGGUCCACUGGUUUUAUGAUCUAUGUGACCAUGAAUCAAUUCUCAUUUUCUGUACUUCAAGCAAAGACCAUGGAUAGACAUGUCAUCCCUCAAUUCGAAUUACCAGCAGCAUCAUUCAGUGUGUUCUUGAUUAUUGCUUUAACAAUCUGGAUAACUUUCUAUGACCGUGUUUUGGUCCCUUUGCUAUCAAAAUAUACUGGACGGCCAAGAGGGCUAAGUCCUGUUACCCGAAUGGGAAUUGGCUUAUUAGUCUCGUGUAUGUCUAUGGCAUUGUCUGCAAUAACAGAAAGCAUAAGACAACAAAAGGCAAUUGAGGAAGGGCAUGAGGACGACCCACAUGCUUUAGUGAACAUGUCUGCUAUGUGGCUCGUGCCACAAUAUUUACUACUCGGAGUGGCUGAGGCUGCCCAUGCAGUUGGACAAAUUGAGUUCUUCUACUCUCUAUUUCCCAAAAGCAUGUCCAGCAUCGCGUCAGCUAUGUACACUAUUGGGACUGCUGUGGCGAGUUUGGUUGGAAGUAUUCUGGUGAGUGGCGUGGAUUGGCUUACAUCAACGGGAGGUAAAACAAGCUGGCUUUCUAGCAACAUUAACAAGGGUCACCUGGAUUACUAUUUCUGGCUACUUGCUUUUUUGAGUUUGCUCAACUUUUUCUAUUUUGUGAUGGUCUGCCGGUUAUAUGAAACUGGUAAAGAUGGGAGCAGUAGGUUAUCUCAUGUGGCAGAAGAUAAAGAAUGUGAUUAUAGACUCUUACAUGAAUCUUGAUGAUAUGUUG